GGGGGGGGGGCGGGAAGGGGCGGCCCGGGGCCCCUCCCGUCGCCAUGGCGGCGCCUUAAACAGGCGGCGGCGGCCGCCCCCCCCGCCUCAGAGCGCGGCGCCGGGAGCCCCAUGGCCGGCAGCACUGAGAUGGCAUCCCUGGAAGAGAGCUUCCGCAAAUUCGCCAUCUACGGCGACACCAAGGCUACGGGGCAAGAGAUGAAUGGGAAGAACUGGGCCAAGCUGUGCAAAGACUGCAAAGUCACCGAUGGCAAAAGCGUCACCAGCACCGAUGUGGACAUUGUCUUCUCCAAGGUGAAAGGGAAGACAGCCCGCGUCAUCAACUACGAGGAGUUCAAGAAGGCGCUGGAGGAGCUGGCCCCCAAGAGAUUUAAGGACAAGAGCAAAGAGGAGGCGUACGAAGCCAUCUGCCAGCUGGUGGCAGGGAAGGAGCCCAUUAACGUGGGUGUCACGAAAGCCAAGACGGUGGGGGCUGUGGAGAGGCUGACAGACACCUCCAAGUACACGGGCUCCCACAAGGAACGCUUCGAUGAGAGCGGCAAGGGCAAGGGCAAGAGCGGGCGGGAGAACAUCGUGGACACCAGCGGCUACGUCAGUGCCUACAAGAACGCGGGCACCUACGAUGCCAAAGUGAAAAAGUAGGGACGGGUGCCCGUGGCGCCCACCGCCCCGGUCCCUGCCCGUCGGCCGUGGGGCCGGCGCUCACGUCAGCCUUGGGACAUGCCCGCGUGACGUGGGGCCCGGGAGGCUGCGCUGGGGCCAGCCCCGGGCUGGCGGGAUGUCGUUCACCCAGCGCUGAUGUGAUUGGGAAAGUCGCCGGGCCGCGUGCUCUGCCCCCGCGCUACGUCUGUCCCCCCCUCGUGCUGUGACAUCCCCCCCCCCCCCCAGCCCUUCCCGUCCCCCCCCUGUGCUGUCCCCCCUGCUCCUUGUGGCAGCACCCACUGUACUAACAGCACUGCUCCUCAGGGCUUCUGGCACCCAGACCUCCCCUACCUCAGCCCUGGCUUUCGGGGCGCCCUCCCUGCCAACCCCACUGGUGAGCGCAGCCUGUCUUCCCCGCACACCUCCCAGGGAUCUGCUUUAACCCCACAGUCACGCCACAGUCGCCUCCUUCCUUCCCCACCCGUGCCCUCGCCACAGGGCUGCCCGGCUUUGCUUCUUGCCCAGCACCUCAGGAGGCUCAGACCCUGCGGUGCCGUUAGCGCCGGUGCUGCCGGGACGCACCCCGGGAGAGCUUGGCGUUGCCUGGCCAUCAGCAAAGGUCUCCGACCUGAGCUCCCGCGGCCUCCCACUGCCUCCGUGAAGCCCAAACCAAAGGAUGCUGCAGACCCGCGCUGUAACCUGGCUCUGCAAUAAAACCCCGUCCGCACUGA